CAACGCAGCCCGAACCGCCUACCGGUUCUCCUUCGCCUACAGGGCCGCUGUCAACGCUACCAUGGCCGGCGGUCGGUGGAGCAGCCCCGCGGUGACCCACGGGCUGAUGGCUCUGUUCGCCAUGGGCUCCUGGAUUUCCGUCAACAGUCUUUGGGUCGAGCUCCCGGUGGUGGUCCGCGUGCUGCCCGAAGGUUGGAACCUGCCUGCCUCCCUUUCGGUGCUCAUAGCGUUCGGGAACCUGGGGCCGAUAGCGGUGACCAUAACGCACCACUGCGCUCCGGGACGUUUGAACGAACGCCUCGUCAUUUACUGCAUCCAGGCUCUGGCGGUGGUGGCGUCCGCGUUCCUGGCCAUCUUCUGGUCGCACACCGUCACGAUCGCCGGUCAGGAGCGCUCGGUGCCCUUCCUGCUCUUCACCUUCCUGCUGGCUCUGGUCUGCUGCACGUCCAACGUUACAUUCCUGCCCUUUAUGUUCCGUUACCCUCCUCAGUACAUCCGCACCUUCUUCAUCGGGCAGGGCUUCAGUGCCUUGUUCCCUUGCAUCGUGGCGUUGGGACAAGGUGUCGGGAAGCUGGAGUGUAAAACCGUGAACGGCACGGUGCAGCCGCGGUAUUUAGACGAGAGCUUCCCCGCGCAGAACUUCUUCUGGUUCCUGUUCGUCAUGCUGGUGAUCUCGGCGCUCAGCUUCCUGGCGUUGACGCGGAGGCAGACGGACUCGCAGCAGUACUCGCCACCGCCGGAGUCUCUCGAUACGGCGGCGGCAAAGAGCGAGGACGAGACUCACCGGCUGCACAACGGAGGGACGCCGGUGUCGGAGGAGCUGGUCCAGGUGGAGGAGCAGCCGCCCUCCGACACUUUCUGGACGCCCCGAAACAUUUACCUGCUGGUGCUGCUCUGCGUCUCCAACGCGCUCACCAACGGCGUUCUCCCGUCCGUGCAGAGCUUCACCUGUCUGCCCUACAGCACCAUGACCUUUCACCUCUCCGUGGUGCUGGGGAACAUAGCCAACCCCCUGGCUUGUUUCCUGGCCAUGUUUGUUGUCCUCAGGUCCUCUGCAGGUCUGGGCUUCUUGUCCAUCGGCGCCGGAGUGUUUGCCACUUAUCUCCUGGCGUUAGCUGCUCUCAGUCCCUGUCCGCCGUUGUUAGGAGAGCCUGCUGGAGAGGCCUUAGUGGUCAUUUCCUGGAUUUUCUUCACGGGCCUCUUCUCCUAUCUGAAGGUCGUGAUUGGGACCCUGCUCCACGAGGCGGGCCACGCCGCCCUGCUGUGGUGCGGCAUCUCCAUCCAGGCCGGCUCCCUCAUCGGGGCCCUCACCAUGUUCCCGCUGGUCAACAUCUUUCACGUCUUCACCAAAGCCCAGGACUGCGUGUCCAACUGCACCCUGCACUAGUGACAACUGCCGGCUGGGCGCUUUCCUGAUAUUCUGUUCGAUCGAACACAUUUUUCAUUCCUUCCUCGUGGGAAAUGACUGCUUUAACUUCUUUGACUCCUAAAGAAGCACCGGAUGUCUGUAGGCCUGAUUAUCCUGGAGGAUCAUGGAAGAAUCCUCUACUGACCCAAAGGCCUCUCAGUUUGUGAAAGUAAACAUUCCCAGACAAUGGGGGCAUUGUGUCGCUGCACAUUGGCCAAGAGGAUGUAAAGUGCAUAUGACCUGGUAAGACCACAAGUGCUUUGUGUGCUGUUUCACAACCAAUCUCUGUAGCCGGAGUUGUUUACUGUAGAAAAGCAACUGCUGAUGGACACAGCGGAUCAUAUGAGGAGAGUUCACGGAGCGCUCAGGGACAUAAUCACUAACUUGUUCGCUCUCAUCGGUUGCUCCUGAACACGAUCAAUGAGUAACAGACUGCAGCUCAACAGGAAGGCAAAGGGCUGAUUCUCAGCAUCACACUCUCAAGAGUCUGGCUACCUCGUCUUCAGAUUCAACAAUUUCCUUUGGCGGUUUGUUCCGAUACACGAAUAAGACGAUCUGCUCGAGGUGGUGUUAUCAUAAUGUUACUAUUCAUCGCCACAUUCCUGGAUUUAAUGCCAAACCCCGUCGCUUCGUGCCUGAACAUGUUUAGGUCCUGUUUAGGCAACGACGUUUUAAAGUGAAAAUGGAAAACUUUCCUACUGCUUUUGGUUACAUGACAGUUGUGGUCGGAGUCACUGAAAACACAACUUUUCAAAAAGCCUGUGGAAACGGGGAAAAUGCAACUUUUCUAAAACACUGCUGCUGCACACGCACACCACGGCCGUAGUAAAUGGUUCUUAAGCACAUGCUCGAGUACAUGGACAACAACGUUUGCCUCCAGAGUGUCCAUAUUCUCCCGGAACGUUAAGUUUUCAAGAACCAUUCGACUCUGUCUGUCUGUUAGAAUCUCUGUGGCUCGCUGUCGUCAUUGUUUUACCAUCUGUAUGUCUCGUUUUCAUUACAAGAACAACCGUCGGCACCCACUACUUGCUAACUAGUUUGGUUUCAGAAUGUCUGCCUUUUGCAUGUAUUCGAACAUCAGUUUCAAAAUGUUGCCACGUAAAUGCGAAAGUUCAUGUUUUCACUUGAAACGCAGUCGUGUAAACGGGGCCAAAGUCUCUCCUGAAUGCCUUAAAGAUGUGUUAGAAUGAAGACUUAGGCCCAAAGCUAAUGCUAGCUCGGUGGUGAACUCUCGUUGUCAGUUCAUGACUUUGAGAUGCAGCGAUGUUAUUUUCCACUUCCAGUUACUGCGGCUGAAUCACCUCUUCACUCUGCUGUGUGGGUUUUCUCACCCACACAGCGCAGGAGCCACUUUACUCCACGAUUAGCAGGUUAAUCAAGUCACUUUUCCACUUUAAGUUCAGCUCUAUCGUCGCAACCUGGAAUUUAUUCAGUUUUCUGUUUAAUUCGGUUUGAUUUGUAAAGACUAUUUACAACUUGGCCCUCCCAUGAGACUUUACAUUUAAAAAAAAGAUACAGAGAGAAACCCAACAUUUCCACUUUAGUGAGUAAAAUGUUCAUUUUAGCAAGAAGAAACUUUUCGUCAGGAUCCAGACUCAAUUAAAUGUGUAAUAUUAUAAUAGAGAUUAAAAUUUCUGCAUUUUGAAUGAAAUUACACUUUAAAAAAAGCAAGAUUUUCUUUGAAAAAUGUAAAUUAUUUGAAAUUUAAAAUGUGAAUAUUCUUAUGUGAAUAAUUAUAGUGCCUUAUAUUACUUUAAUUCACUUAUUUUUAUUGCAAAUUGCAAAAAUGUCUCGGGGUAAAGCAUUACUGUUCAACAGCCCGUCAUCGGCAAGGUAAAACUAACCAUUCUCAAGGCGGUCUAAACCCAGCCGACGCUCCCCGUUAGAGGGUGAACAGUGGAUUCUGCUUCACAGUGACGGGAAGAGCCGACAUCCAAGGAUCAAAAAGCCACAUCGCUUUAAAAAUAUCAGCCUGAACACUAGAUUGAAAAGUGUCAUUUUGACAGAACACUGUUGCACCUAAAUGAAAGCUAAAUGACUAAAGUCAGAGAAAAAUACAUCCAUAACUUUAUCAGAGUGCAUUAAUGCAUUAAUGGGACCCUCGUUUAGAUUUUACCCUGCUGUAAUAUCAUUUACUUAUCUUAACCCUUACAUACUGCUGGGGUCACGUUUUGCCCGUAUCCGUUCGAAUGGGUUUUAGAUCUACCAGUGUGGAUCAAAUAAAUGAACAUUGUGGUUUUAUGGAAUCUUCAAACUGUGAGGAUUUCGAUGUCGUGUUUGUGUGCAUUUUCUGUGCGAAAGAGGCGACGGAGUUCAAGGGGACCUCGACACUGUCACGAGAACUCUGUGUUCCCAGAACAUUUGAUCAGAUAUAUAUGAUUUUUUUCUGUUUCUUUGCACAAUGACAUGCUGUGUAAUAGAUAUUUUUCACCAAAAACGAGUGGUGUAAAACUUAAAAAAAUACACUUUCUAUGUUCUCUGAAACAUUUAUGAAGGACAAAAUGUUUUUUUUUUUUUUUAAGUGAAACAGGCUAUUUAAACAUUCUGGAAUAGAUCUGUAGUCAAAGGGGCUACAAGGGAAUUCUUAGAGGUACAAUAAAGGUGCAGAAUAUAGAACAGUAUGUAAGGGUUAAAGGAACAAAACUUGGCUCUCAAAACAAGGGAUUUUUGCUGAUUCACUCUUUGACGUAACAACACUAAUACAUGCUAAACUACUCUGAAAUGUCAGUUCAAGCUGCUGCACUUCAUCCGUUAGUUUACUUUGGUACAUUCAGAGUUUGCGGACAUGUUGAAGUCGCCUUAAAGAUUUGGUUGUAGUUGUUUUUAUGUAUCAAUUUGUGUAAUUUGUGUUGAUUUGUAAGUGGCUGUAGCCCUGUUUGAACAGGCUGAGGUGACUUUUUUUCUGUUGAUUAACUUCAAACAGUUGUGCUGAGCUUCAGACAACAAUGGAGAACAAUAAAGAUUGUU